UUUGGGCCAGUGAUUUCGUGAUAGGUCACUGUCAACUAAAACAAGUGUCUAUUUAUCUUGGGUUUAAAAUUCUUUGGUUAUUUCUUGUCAAUUUUUUUUGACAUCUGAUAUUUCGACAUUUGUCAAAGGACAACUGGUUCAGUCUUUUUGGUAAUUUAAAAAGGCAUUUCAUAUUUUGAAAGUAAUUCAAAAUGCCAGAAAUAACUCCUAGAAAUAUUGUUGAAAGAUUUUUCUGCGCUGUUGGAAAUGUUUUGGACGCUCCUGCAGUUUGGGUCAGAGAAAAAAUUGUGGAGCCCAAUCAGAAGAGUUAUCCUUGGUAUCACCAGAAGUUUCGAAGAGUUCCAACCAUUGACGAGUGCUAUACUGAUGAUGCAGUUUGCAUAUAUGAAGCUAAUUGUCAAUACAAAAGAGACAAGCAAGUCGAUUCAGAAAUCUUGACUAUCCUCCGAGAAAGAUUUGAAGCUUGUUCAAUGUAUGAGGCUCCAGAUCACUUAGAAAAGUGUACUCCACUUUUUCGACAAUAUGAAGAAGCAACUAAUAAUUGGUUCAUCAAAUAUGGAGAUUUAGGGGCUUAUCAUAAUGCUACAAGCGCCUACAUGAAACAAAAACAUA